CAAUGGUAAUAAGAAUAGUUAGAAAAAAUCCAACAACGACGAUUGAUAAUUAUCUUUGUUUCUAUGAAGUGUUUUCAUUAAGAAUUAUUGAUUUCGACGGAACAGUGGUAGAAAAGAAUUUAAAAUUAGAUAUUCAAUCAUUUAAUUAUUGUGUUUUUCAAAUGGUCAGUGGUGGUAUAUGGAUUGAAUUUUUGAAAUAUGUUUUAAUCAGGAAGAAAUCAAAUUUUAAUUACUUAUUAUAAUGCAACGGAUGUUAAAGAUCCUUCUACAUAUAUUGAAUGGGGAAUGGUA